AUGUCAACUAAGGACAAUAACGUGCAUGGCUAUAUAUCGCCUGGAUGGGAGUGUGUACAAUUGGCUUUCGAACAGAAUUUCAACGAAGGACUGGAUAUCGGUGCUAGUUUAUGUGUCUAUCAUCGAGGAAAAUGUGUAGUAGACUUGUAUGGAGGAUGGAAAGAUCCAGAGACAAAAAAAGAACCUUAUACAGAAGAUACACUUCAACUUGUUUUUUCAACAGCAAAAGGUAUAAUGGCUGCUGCAGUGGCUCUUUGCGUGGAAAGAGGCUGGCUAGACUAUAAUGUACCUGUUUCGAAAUAUUGGCCACAAUUUGGUUACAAUGGAAAGGAAAAUAUAUUGUUGAAAGAUCUCCUAUCUCAUCGAGCUGGUCUACCAUAUAUUGAUCAACAAUUGACAAUUGAAGAUGUUUGCGAUUGGUCUCAUAUGAUAUCUUUAUUAAUUGCUGAAAAACCGCAUUGGGAUCCUGGAUCGAUGCAUGGAUAUCACGGUCAUACCAUUGGAUUUGUUGUAGGAGAAUUGAUACGAUAUGUUGAUCCUCAACAUCGUUCUUAUGGUAAAUUUGUUCGUGAAGAAUUAGAUAAUCAAUGUUAUAUAGCUGAAUUGCCUGGUGUCAACGCAAUCAGCAAUGCUCGUUCUCUGGCACGUAUUUAUGCUCGAUUAAUGGGUGAUAUUGUUGAAAAUGAAAAAAAGAUCGAACGUCUUUUGAGUGAGAAAACAUUGUUAGAAGCCAUUGAAAAUGUAACACCAGUUGGAGAACCAGAUCGAACAAUGCCGAUGAUUAAAACAGCGUUUGGAAAAGGUGGUUUCCAAGUCUAUGGCGAGAUUUUUAACGUAUUCGGUGAUAAUGUUUUUGGCCAUAACGGUUUUGGUGGUAGUUGUGCAUUGGCUUAUCCACCAGAUAAAUUGUCCUAUGCACAUGUAUGCAAUCAACUUGAUACAAGUGGAUUCAUUAUUGAUCAGCGUAGUAUUCGUCUUCUCAAAGCAAUACAAUAUGUUCUCAAUCAUUUAACAACACUCUAA